AUGACGCAAUCAGGUGUAUACCAAAAGUACAAACUUUCGGUGGUCUCUGGUGGAAGGCCCAUUCUUCCAAGAGGUGGGAAUACUUCCUGCUGCAACAAAAGUCAAGCGUGCCUAACGCCAGAUGAACUUGGAUAUAUUAUUCCUUUCAAUAAUCAGAUCAAAGUUUACUCGGUGGAAACGAGGCAGUGCAUCAAGACGUUAAAAUUUGGCAAUAACGGGAUCUUGUCGAAGAUUUUUGCAAAUGAUGAUACUUGCAUAGCGCACAUAAGCAUCGGAGAUAUUACGAGCCAAGACAGUGAUGAUGAUAGAAAAAUCACCGUUUUCACUAAUGAUGGAAGUGUGAUUGUGCUUAACUAUAGAGGUAAAUUAAUAGACUCACCAAAGUACUUGAACAUUAAGCUGGCUGAAAAUGAAACGAUCUGUAAGGUCUUCGGAUCAAAAACGAGUGACACCAGUGAUAGCAAGGAGUUCAAAAUUCUGACCGCAGAGCCAACAUUUUCGUUCGGCUCUCAAUAUACUUAUAGGUUAUACAGUUUGAGACCAAAAGAAGAGAUGAAGAUAGCACUCGAACAAGUUGUUGAAAGUGUGAUAUUAUCGAGUUGGUCUCAAAACGACAAGUUAUUGGCAUUCCUGUAUUACAAAGAGAAACGGAAGCAGUUUAUGAUAAUGUCUGUUUUCGAGAAAACCUCAGCAUUACCAAAGGAAUUCGAUUUCCAGUCAAUAUUAACCUCACAAGAUCCCUCGUCGACAUCAUCAAAUAAUUCAAGAUAUAUAACAUCUAUGGCUUUGGAUUCGGAUGGUUCACAGUUAGCUUUAGGCUUUGCAUCUGGUGUGAUAACGGUCGUGACAUUGGAGGACCUUCAAACUAGAGUACUCAAGUGGCAUAUAGAUUCUGUUUUAUCAUUAUCUUUUACACAAGAUGGUACGUAUCUGCUGUCGGGUGGUUGGGAAAAAGUUUUAAGUUUUUGGCAGCUAUCAACGAAUUUGCAGCAGUUUUUACCCCGGUUGAACGGUGUUAUAGUUGACUGUCAACCUUUAGGAAAUGACAAAUAUUAUUCCAUCGCAUUACAAAUGACUGAAAAUUUUUCAAGUUCUGACUUUCAAUUAUUGCUGCUAAAUUCAGGAGACCUUACAUCGAGGGUGUCAAUAAAUGGUCCAUUACCUGUUUUCAAUAGUGUUGUAAAAAAUACGGUACAGCCAUUUUCUGCAAUUUCAUCAAAAGCAUCAACAACAGUGUCAGCAGUUAAUAAUUCGAAAAAGAAACACAAGAAAAAACUAUUGAAAAGUAAGAGGCAAGACUAUACCACAUGUGCUGAAAUAAACCCACUGUCAAAGCAUAUUUAUUUCCCCCACAUAUCUGCUAUGCAGAUGUAUGAUUUCUAUAAAAAUGAGCAAGUUUCAUAUCAAUAUAUGACUUCUGGUAUCAACAAUUCUAUGGGUAAAGUUAGAUUCGAGUUAAACAUCAAGGAUCCUGAAGUAGUUAAUGUUAAAUUUACUAAGAACGGAAAAUGGAUGAUCACUUACGAAGUUGAAUAUCCACCUGAAGACCUACUUUCAUCUAAGGAUCUACUACACACUUUGAAAUUUUGGUCUCAAGAAGAUAAUGAUGUCAAUUGGACUCUCAAGACUAAGGUCAUUAAUCCUCACAGUACCGGUGUUCCUGUAACAAGUAUUUUACCUGCACCACAUGCCAUAAACGGUUCUAAGGGAUUCUUAACCGCAGAUAAUGCUGGCGGACUGAAAUAUUGGUCAUUUCAAGAAAAUGAAAAUAAUUGGUGUUUGGUCAAGUUAUCCUUGCCAAAUUUCAAUCAUUUCAGUAACUCUGUUUCUUUGGCUUGGUCACAAGACGGAAGCUUAAUAUUUCAUGGAUUUGAUGAAAAGCUUCUCACCAUAGAUUUUGAUACAUUUGCACCUUUUGAAGGCUCAGGUAACAUAGAUACUAUCAAUGAGUUCAAUCUUGACUCAGAAAUCCAGGCAAUCAAGGUCAUAAACAAUACAAAUUUAAUAGUUGCUACACGAACGACAUUGAAUACAAUCAAUAUUUUACAAGGUCAAAUGGUGAACAGCUUUGAUCUAUUCCCUUAUGUGAAUGGCGUUUAUAAAAAAGGUCAUCUUGAUAGACUGAUUGCUUGCGAUGAAAAGACCGGACGAGUUGCUUUAGUUAUAAAUCAACAAUACGAGGAUAGUAAUCUAAAGCUUUCCAUGGGCUACAAAGCGCGCAUUGUAAUUUUUAAUGCUGAUCUUUCAGAGAAACUCGGAAUUUUUACUCACGAAGAAUAUAUCGCAUGGAUUGGUUGGAACCAUGACACAGAUUUCAUAUUCGUCGACAUAGGCAGUCGCCUCGGUGUUGUGGGUACAACCAUCAACACAGAAAUGUUGGAUGAAGUCGACAAAGACAUACUACUCAAUAAUCUACAACCAGGCCAUCAGGAUUUCAAGCAGCAACUUUUGAAGCUGUCUUCCUCUAAACUCACGGAAGGUGUCAUAGAUCAUGAUCAAGAAGAUGACCUGACGUUGGAACUCAUUAACGGCAACAAGAAUGAAAAACUGAUAAAUAUGAACAGUUUCACAAACAUGUUUGAAAACAUUCAAAACGUGCAAAUGGAUACUUUAUUUGAUAGAGUUAUGAAAGUAAUCACAUAA